AUGUUGAAAUUUAUAGCUUUAAAGCCGAAUCCUGAAAGCAAAGUCCCAAGGAUACAAAAACUCCUUGAUAUGAUCAGCGGGGACAAAAAUGAAGGAUUCUAUAAGCUUGCAAAUUCUUUAUUUCAUUCAAAUAAUUUAAAUCCUCAAUAUUCUCUUAUAGCCUUUCAAGAUAUUAUCUCUCUUGCACCACUUAACGGCACAAUGCCAUAUGAAGAAGAGAAAAUAAGUCCACUUUCUUCUUAUAAAUGGCUAUAUUUAAUUUAUUCGCUUUCAGUCAAACAGCUUACAACAGAUUUAGAACUAGAAGUAGGUAGAAUCGAAUAUUUAUUCACUCAAUUUUUAUUUUAUAUCGAAAAGUCAGAUUAUUCUAAGCCAUUUGUUUUACCUUUCAUUUGUGGAAUACUUAGUGUCGCCGCUCACAUUCUUGACAAGCUAGACAAGAAGUUUUUCCCUCAUAAUUUCGUUUCAGACCAUGCUUUUCAAUUAUUAUUUAAAUUAUUCCAACUCGAGAUCGUUUCUGAUACAGAAAAGACUAUUGCUACAGCUGAUUUUUCAGAACCGAACAUUUUUGCCUUCUGUUUACCUUUGAGUUUGGAAUUUAUUUCUCCACUCAAUGUUUUUCAAGAUAUGAAGACUCUUCUCUCAGCUUCUGUUCUUCGUGUCCUCAUCAGAAUACUUCCUGUUGCAUUACCAUCCAAUCUUUCUGAGUUCAAAAACCUAAUUCAACCUUUUGCUGUCAGUGGAGUUACGAAACAAGCCGGGGAAGCCGCUCUUAUACUUCUUUUCAAAGGAAAUGAAGAUGCCGCGUUCAAAUUCUCAGACCAAAUAUGUUAUUCUUCACUUGUCAAAAUUAUCGAAGAACUUUACAAGACAUCGAACAAAUUCUCUGUUUCUUUAUCAUAUUCAGACUCCAUAACCCUCUCCAAGCAGCUCAAAGGCCUCAACGACAUCUCAAUUAUCAGACCUCAAAAUUGGGUGAACUAUUUACACGAAAAUUCCGAACUAUCAACAAUACUAUGUUCCAUAGCUACCAGCGGAUACAACCAGGACUUCAUUGUUGCAACAGUUACUUUAUUAAGAAUCGGUGAAGUGAAAUUAACUCAUGAUUUGAUAUUAUUCCUACUACAGUUGCUUAUAUCAUCAUCUCUUCCUGUUCUGAGAGACGAAUCCAGCAAAUUGCUCUUAUUAAAUUAUGAAGAAAUUAUAUCCGAAAUUCCGAAGAUUCUUCCCGAAGUUUCUAACUGCGGAUCUCAUAGUGAAACAUUUUUCUCCUUCCUGAAAGAGUUAGUUCCUAAACUUGGCGACAAAUCUGCUGAUUUAAUUAAAUCAAUCCAAAAUUCAAUAGUUUGCGAAACCAAUUCUUUGAAGAAGCUUCCCAAUUCAUUCCUUUACUCGCAGAUCUCCCAAUACAUAGAUUUCCCAGCAUCAUAUUUAGAUACUCGACCAUGUAUGAUCUGCAACAAUCCAGAGAUCAAAGCAACAAGAUAUAUGUUAUCAGACAUCAGAGAAUUCAUCAAAUUCUCACACGACCAAUUAUUUGUCAAAUUCAAUACACCGUUAAUUUUACAAAGUAUUGAUUUGAAUUUUUACGCGAAGAAAACAACGAGAUUACCUCGAAUUGUUGAAGUCUAUGUCAGUUCACAAGAAUUGAAUGAUCCAAAUGAACUGAAAUCGAAGAAACCACAAUGGUCACAUGUCUGUGAUUUAGAAUUCGAAAGGGAUUCUAAUACAGCGAAAGUUGAUUUUCCUUUGAGUUUAUUUGCCACGUGUAUUCAAUUCCAUUAUACAGAAUUUUGGGAAGAAGCAGAAGGACAAAGACUUUCAUGUCCACUUUGUCAUAAUGGAAAACCAGAUCCAAGGUCCGGAUUAUGUCCAAACUGUCAUGAAAACAUUUAUCAAUGCAGGGAUUGCAGAUACACAAACUAUGAACAUUUGGAUGGUUUCCUUUGCGCUGAAUGCGGAUCAAGUCCAUAUUGUAAUUUCGAAACACAUGUUACAGCAAUAAGAUCUUUCUCUCACACUCACAUUUCUAAUGAAAAUGAGUGCGACACGAGUUUGUCAAAAGCUGACGAACUACUCGCUGAAGCACAUAAAUACUUCAGCCAGUUAUCCAAUUACAAGAAAGAUAUUGAUAAUGUUAUUUCACCAACAAAUAAUUUGACAGUGUCAGAAAAAACAAAUAAAUUGCAAGAUUUGUAUAAUGAAAAGUGCCGAAAUCUUUUCAACCAGUUGACACAAGUUGUACAACAUGUUUGCUCUAUAAGAAGUGCUGUUGGAAAAUAUAAGAAUAGAAUAACAAAUAGUUUGUCGCAUGCUGAUUUUAAUUCUUGUUAUAAUUGCAGAAAAACUUAUCUUCUUAAUUCACUUCACUUCUUAGGUGAACUGACCACUUUACCAGAAACUAUAUUGCAGCAAGUUGAAAUACCGAAAUUGCUCAUUUCUUUCUCUGAUGAUCCUUUGUUUGGAUCGACUUCAAUCAAGAGUUUGACAAAUUAUUGUAAAAUUAAUAUAAAUCUGACAAAUAACAUUUUGUCACUUUUCAAACAAAAUCUUCCAAAUCCAAGUCCAGCGUUAGUUAAUUUAGUUUGUUCUCUACAGGAAAUUGAUGAUGGAUACAAACAACAGAGAUUAGAAACUUUAGUUAACUGUUUGAAUUAUUGUUUUGAAUUUUUGACUUCAUCUCCUUCUUUCACUUCACUUGUAUUUCAACCAAUCUUUGAAUCCAUCUGCAAGUCACCAUUGAUUAUCAGACAGAAAGAGAAAUACUUGAAAUACAAGAUUUUGAAGGAAUUUUCGUCAAAAAUCAAUCUCAAAAGAAAUUAUACACUUUGCUUGGAUUUGUUCGAUGAAAAACUAAUGAAAGUGUUAUUGGUUGAAUGCACAAACCAGUCUGUCCGCCAAAUCUUCAGCUGCUUAUUAAAAGACACUUCAGAAAUUUCACAUGAAAUUAAACUCAAAAUUUAUGAGAACUCAUUGAAAAUUUUGAGAGAAUUCAAAUAUUUCAGUGAACAGCAGAUUGAACUUUAUAAUCUUCUCCAAGAGAUAUUGAACACAGACAAGCAGAUCAAGUACAAAGCUUUCCAUGAUGGUUUCUUCACAACAAUUUGUCACUUUUUGGAAAAUGAAGUUGACAAAACCGUCAAAACUGAAGGUGAAUUAGUUUUAGACUUAAAUGUUGGUAUUGGCAUCAAACAGAUUACUAAUUUGAUCCUUUGUUUCACGAGGAACCAAGUAAUUUCCAGAUUUAUCAUCAUUAAAAAACCGGAAAUUGCAGAAAAAUUGAUUGUUUCUUAUUUCAAACUCCGCAGUUUGAUUGUACAGAGAUCAAAGCACUUGGAUGACUCUCUGAACUCUCUUAAGGAAUUCGCAAUGCUUAUGAUGUCAAAGGAAUUCAGUUUAGAUAAAAAUGAUGAUAUUUCUGACAUUCAAAAUCAAACUUUUGAGAACUUUACAGUGUCAAAUUCUGCCACACAAUCAAUGGAAGACAUCAAUCCAGACGAAGACAAUUAUUCAGAUCAUUACGAUGAUUACGGCGACAUUGACGAUGAACAAGACAACACAACACAACCAAUACAAGCAGAGCCAUCUCCACCUCCUUCUCCAGAGAAACAAAACGAAGAAAUAGAAGAAAUAAAGAGCAACAACGAAAACGGUCCUAAACUAAUGAUGAAAGCUGCUGCACAAUGUGUUAAUUUAUGUCCAGAAGUAGCUAUUAGAGAAUUAUGUAACAUUGUUUUUCCACCGAAAAUUGCGAAGAAUUGUCCAGUUGUUACUAAAAAGUUCCCUCCACACGAAGAUUUCCUUCCUGGAAGACUUCCUUCUUCACCUGUUAUGUCGGCAAAGAUCGGUACGCUCAUGAGACACAUAAAGAACAAGAUCUGCACUGACUUAGGAAUGCCAGGAGUUAUAGAAGAUGACCACGGAAUGGAAUUAUUGGUUAACAACAACAUUAUUUCUUUGGAUUUGGAAAUUGAAGAUGUUUACAACAAAGUUUGGCUCCAAAACCACGAAGAUAACUCUCCAAUGGUCGUCAUUUGCAGAAUACAAGGUUUGUCUGGUGAAGCAACAGAACCAAUGAUAACUUCAUUCCCAAGAUCAGAAGAAAACGAAGAAGACCCAGCUACAAAAUACUCUUACACAACUGCUUUGAUUGAAUCCGGCGGUUUAUCUCAAUUAAUUGAUGCUACACAAAUUUCUUUACCAUUCAAAUCUUUAGAAUCAUUGGCCAAAUUAUUGACAGCCUUUGUUUAUGUUCCAAGCAACAGAGCUGCUUUGUUGAAGUUGAAUGGAGUUGAUAAGUUGUUUAGCAUGCUGGAUAAAAUCGUCAAAACAAAUUAUUGCGAUUUGUUCAAUUCAAUUUUGGAAAUUUUACAAAAAUUGACAAAUGAAACUGAAGAAUUUUCCAAUCCAGAAUCAAAGAUUGAUUUCAUCUUCAAUGCUCUUGAAAGUGAUCUUGUAAGGAACAACAACAAAUUGGUUUCUCCUUUGCUUUCAUUAGUUCCAUCUUUGGCUUCUAAAUCCAAGCAAAUUAUGGAGAAGACACUUAACAAAUUCAUGGAGAGAAUCAAACACAAAGAAGACGAAAACAUCAAUUUGUUUGAUAAGCCAGAAUCUCUUUUCAUGUUGAAUGGAUUUGCCGAAUUCACAUUAGCAAUUCCUACAACAACAGAAGGAAACGAAGUCCGUAGUUUGCUCAUGAAACACAAAUUGGUCGAUGAAGCAUUCAAUUAUUUAAUGGGGAAGUUCCCCGCCGAUAAAAGUGUCACUUCUCCGGAAUGGCAAGAAGGAGUUAAAUGCGACGGAGUUCCAAGUUCUCUUAAGAUGCUAGCCGGUCUAGUCAGAGGAUAUGAUACAGCGCAAUCAGAGUUUAUUGUUAAUGACUGCCAGAGAAUCUACUUCCUCAUUUCUCUUUCAGGAGUCGCUUCUACAACUAACAUUGGCGAAUUCGCAAAUAAUGUCUUGUUGAAUGCAACAGAAGAUCCAUCAACAAUUAAAGACAUUAUAUCAAACAUCAAAGCGAAACUCGAACAAGAAGCGAAAGACAAAGCCCAAAAAGACAGAGAAAUCGCAAUCGCAAAAGCAAAUGAGGGAUUAAACAACGAUUUCCUCAAAAUGCUCAAUGAUUUAGGAGAUGAUUCCGAAUGGGGAUGCGUAAUUUGCAAGGAAGGAUUCGAAGAAAGACCUGAUGAACCAUUAUCUCUCUACGUCUACUCCAAUAAGAUUGGUGAUUACGCAAACACUGCAACUCAUUUCGUUUUGGUCCAUAAAAACUGCCACAUGAAAGCGAAAACGAAAGACACAAGAGGAAGACAAGGAUUGAACGAAUGGGAAGCAGCAAUGGUCAGAAACUGCGAAAGACCAUGUAACGCGAUGUUCCCAUUACAAGGACCUUCACAGACAGACAGUGAUUACUUGUCAAAACUCAAUUGUUACGUAAGAGAUGAAACAAAUACGAGCGAUGUUUUCAGACAAGUUUGGUUCGAUGUAACAACUCAUAUAAAGAAUUUCGCCACAAAUACGAACAUUUCGUUUGGAAAUGGUGGUGGAAGUGUUCCAAAUGUUGUUGCAUUGAUUCCUUUCUUAGUUCACGCUGGUUUCAUUGCUCUUGGAGAAGACACAAAAUCAUAUGAGUCGAAAAUGGAGAGAUUGUUAUCUACUGGACAAGAUCCUGAAGAUGCUGCAGCAUUGGCAUUGUGGACAUUGUAUCCUGAAGAGUUUAAUGCAGUUAAAAUCAAAAUGUUAAAGAAUUUGUUGGUUAAAUCUGAAGCAAACAACUUCAAAGAUGCAAAGUCAUCAUUGAUCUUCAUUAUCUUCAUUUCAAGAGCUUUCGAAAUGUUGUAUAAUGAUAGUGGAAUCGAUCCUGUCUUCAAUGGUGGCGAAUUAGUUGUUUCGAACAAAGAUAAGAAGAAGACAGCAAUGAAUGUUCGAACAUUAGUUGUUGAAGAACCAGCGAAAACAAAGAAUGACUGGAUUUUAUUCGGAGAAGAGAUGGAAGACGAAAUUAUGCAAGUCGAUAAUCUCCAGGCUGCACUUCUCAUGGCAGGAAUUAACACAGGAAGUGAUUCACCUGAAGAAUGGUUAGCUAAGCAAGUACAACCUAAAUAA